AUGCCAGGCGAGUGGGGGGAGUGCCCGCGAGUGCGAGUGCCACGCAGUGCGAGUCGAGUGCCAGGCGAGUGCGAGUCGGUCCCAGGCGAGUGCGGGGGGCGGUGCCAGGGGAAAUUUCGAUGCCCGGCGAGUGCGAGUCCCAGGCAGUGGGGGGAGUGCCAGGCGAUGCGAGUGCAGCCGGGCCGAGUGCGAGUGGAGUGCCACGCGAGUGCGAUGCGGUGCCAGCGCGAGUGCGACUGCGAGUGCCACGCGGUGCGAGUGCGAGGCCAGGGCGAGUGCGAGUGCGAGUGCCAGGGCGAGUGGGGGCCCCGCGCGAGUCGAGUGCCAGCGCGACGCGAGUGCGAGUGCGAGUGCCAGCGCGAGUGCGACUGCGAGUGCCAGCGCGAGUGCGAGUGCGAGUGCCAGGGCGAGUGCGAGUGCGAGUGCCAGCGCGAGUGCGAGUGCCAGCGCGAGUGCGAGUACGAGUGCCAGCGCGAGUGCGAGUGCCAGGGCGAGUGCGAGUGCCAGGGCGAGUGCGAGUGCCAGCGCGAGUGCGAGUGCCAGAGCGAGUGCAAGUGCCAGCGCGAGUGCCAGCGCGAGUGCGAGUAUUAUAACAUUAUUGCCCCCCUCCCGCCCCAGGCCCAGAGGAUGGACGACCUCUCGUGGGUGUACGAACCCCACCUGGUGACGCAGCUGCACAGGAACUACCGCUCGCACCCGGACAUCCUGGCCGUGCCCUCGGGGCUCUUCUACCGCGGCAGCCUCGUCGCCCACGCAGACCGGGAGAAGCAAGAGGGCGCGCUCGGGUGGCCGGAGCUGCCGAACCCGUCGUGCCCGCUGCUCUUCCAUGGCCUGGUGAGCGACAACUGCCAGGAGGGGGACUCGCCGUCGUGGUUCAACCCCGCCGAGGCCUUCCAGGCUGUGAGGUAUGCUAAGAGCCUCAUCGAGUUCGGUCUCAAGGCUCAAGAUAUCGGGAUAAUCACGCCCUACAGGAAACAGGUGGAGAAGAUCCGCGUGCUGCUGGUGACGUUCGGGCUGGCGGGGGGGAUCAAGGUGGGGUCCGUGGAGGAGUUCCAGGGGCAGGAGAGGAAGGCCGUCAUCGUGUCCACGGUCAGGUCAUCGUCGGAGCUGGUGGAGGUGGACUUGACGCACAGCCUGGGCUUCGUGAAGUGCCGCCGCCGCUUCAACGUGGCCGUGACGCGAGCGCAGUCCGUCCUGGUGCUGGUGGGGAACCCGUGGCUGCUGCGGCGGGACGAGUGCUGGCGGGAGCUGAUCGCCUUCUGCGUGGCCAGGGGCGCCUACCGCGGCCCGGACCUCGACGCCGCCGCGGACGGGCAGGCGCGGUAGCCCGGGGGCCCCUAGGAAGGGGGGGGGGGGGCACGCUCUCUGUGUCGCGUUCGUUUUGAGGGCGUGUGCUUUUUUAUUUCGUCUUUUCAAUUUUAUUUGAUUUAUCACUUCAUGGGUUAGUAUUGUCUCAACAAUAAUGAAAUUGAAAGCAGUAUUCUGGCGUAACUGACGGUUUAAUCUUCCGUUGCAAGAAUGGGUUGUCUGUAGUCCCACCAGAUUCUCUUAUUGUCAGACGAAGACAAGUGAUAAAUAUAAGUAUAUUAGUCUUAAAAAUGCUAUGUUAUUGUUUUUUGUGAAUUGAAUGUUUUCGAUACAGAUUAAGUUGAAUCGGCGAAGUUUCUUUUGUGAACAUAGAGCAUUAUGUUUUCAACUCACCCGAAAAAAGUAUCUUGUGGUUUGGUUAUUCGUAAUAAAGAGGUUGCAUGGGACGCGUCUUUUGGGUCGGCAUACAACUAAAAUCAUAUACAGUUAAUUCAUCUCGGAUCUCUGCAAAAUAUGAAAAAUGAAGUGUCUUUUUAUUAUUAAAUUGAUCAUAUAUAUAUUUUUUUCCUCAAUCAUUGGCCUCCAUGUAGUGUGCAGUGGGAUUUCUCCUCGUUAAAGCACGUGUUAAAUUCACGUGAUCGAGAGGGAGAAGAUCGGCCUUGAAGAUUAAGCGGUGGAAAGUUGUAUUUCUUAUUUUUCCCGCCACUGUAUUUUCAUGAAGAGUUUUGUAAUGCGUUAUCUGUGAUUUUCAUAUCGGAAUAAAAGACGAUGGUUA